UGAGCUUCAAGCAUGGACACGGCAACCAAUAACCGCCGACGUGGCGGCAGCAGGAGUGGACGGGGUGGUGGAAGGAUUCAAGACGAUCGACGUAACACCAGCGGUGUAGGGCGGCAUGAAGGUGCCAGAGGUGACAACUCUUCGCGUGGAGGUGGCCGAGGCGGGCGUGGGCAAAUGAAUGCCCGAACGGGACCACCUCCAUCACCACAGCACGGUCGAGGAAACGAACGUGGAGGUGCACCGAGAGAAAGAAGUGGCGACCGUGGAGGAAGAGGUCGUCAAAGCGUAGAAGCUCCCAUUGCGCUCACGGAAGAGUUUGUCAUGUACGUUGCAGCGCAGCUCAAGGCACUCAAGGAGGACCCGUCCAUACCACAGCUCACGUUUCCGAGUACGCUGGACAACUCCCAGCGUCGGUAUAUCCACAACAUGGCGGCGAAGCAUGGCUUCCACUCGAAAAGCACGGGGAAGGACGAUGCGCGCUUCAUCUUUGUGACCCGCGCCAAGACAACGGCAUCCAUGACGGAGGUUUCGUUACGCGUUCCACCAACGCCCCUGUCAGUGUCUCCGUCGACAUUGCAGUCGAUGGCAGCAUUCCUUCACGCGCAUCCACUUGGGCCGUCGUCGGAUCACGGAGCAGCGCGUGCGCCGCCCGCCCACCGCCAAGAUCCCAAUUCGUCAUCGUUUUCCAAAUCGAUGCCGCGGCUGCCUCCCAUGCCGCACAUGUACAGCUCGAGCCAGCAAGCUCUCCCUGUGUUUGGCCAUCGCGACGAGCUCCUUGCGCUGACCCGUCAGCAUCAAGUCGUCGUCAUCGCCGGCGACACUGGCUGCGGCAAGUCUACACAGAUUCCUCAAUUUCUCGUCGACGACGGAGCGACUCGUGUGGUUGUCACCCAACCUCGUCGGAUCUCGGCGAUAACGCUGGCUCAACGCAUCGCAGACGAGCGACAAGUUGAGUUGGGCACGGAUGUGGGGUACAGCAUUCGGCUCGAUGCCAAGUACAGCGCCAAGCACACGCGGCUCCUACUCUGCACCACCGGCAUCUUGCUCAAGUGGCUCAGCGCCGACCCGACAGGCCAAGCGUUCACCCACAUCGUGGUCGACGAAGUGCACGAGCGCGACAAGCACACGGACUUUUUGCUGAUUUUACUGCAGCUGAUCCUGCCCCACCGGCCAAACCUGCGCGUGAUCUUGAUGAGUGCGACGAUUCAGGUCGACAAGUUUGCCGCCUACUUUGACGGGUGCCCGAUCGUGCAGAUCCAAGGGCGCGUGUACCCAGUCCUCCCUUGCUUCCUCGACGACGUGCUCGUCUUGACCAGGGACGCUGCGUCGGCGAAUUUGGGGUCGCAAGUCCGCGCCGCCGCCAUCGAGUACGACUUGAUCUGCGUCAUGUGCAAUGCCAAAGGGUUCGCCGAUGAAGAGGACCUCGGCGUGCAUGUGGCCACUUGCUCUGGCACGGAAUGGCACACCAUGUCGUCGGCGCCCUCCGCGGCUGCUCUGUCGACGACGUUCGACAUGGAUGUCGAUGCCAUGGACGGAUAUGCCGCGAUGGAAGGGUCGGUUUGCGACCACGUGGCCCAGGUCUUGGCUGCGAGGAAGCAAUCGCUCAAGCGCCGUGAGAUGGACAUCAUGGUCGAGCAGUAUCAGCUUACACAGGAUGCCCUCGAUGGGGGCAUCGAUGCCACCCUCGUCGUGACGCUGCUGCAGCAUUUGCUCACGGCGCAGUACGGCGACGGCGCGGUCCUCGUGUUCGUUCCUGGGUGGGAAGACAUUAUGGCGAUCUCGGACUUGAUGGCGUGCGAUGGCACACUCAUGGCACGCAUCACGCUCACCAUGCUGCACUCGAAGUUGUCGCCGGCCGAGCAGCGACGUGCGUUCUCUCGUCCGGCCCGCGGGACCCGCAAGGUGAUUUUAGCGACCAAUAUCGCGGAAACGAGUGUGACGAUCGAAGAUGUGGUGUACGUGAUUGAUACGGGCAAGUCGAAGCAGUCGUCCGUCGUGAAUGGGUACACGGCGCUGCACACCGAGUGGAUCAGCCAGGCCAACUGCGCUCAGCGCAAGGGUCGAGCGGGCCGCGUCGCCCCGGGCGUAUGCUUUCACCUCAUGUCGAAGAAGCGGUACGACGACCUGCCUCCGUUUAUGACCCCCGAACUCGUCGCCAUCUCGCUGGAAGAGAUCGUGCUCGCGAUUCAGUUGCUUCAGUACCAAGCCAACCACGCGCUCGGGUUCGACUCGAUUGCUAUGUUUUUGCACAUGGCGCUGGACCCGCCCCCGCUCCACGCCAUCGAGUCGGCCAUUGCAGCAUUGCAACUCAUGGGAGCACUCGACGACGACCACGAGCUCACGUUCCUCGGGUGGAAGCUCGCUCAAUUGGGCGUACCGCCCGCCAUCGGCAAGAUGGUUCUUCUCGGGCACUUUUGUGGUGUAUUUGAACCGCUGCUCUUCACGUGCUGCGCGCUGACGUUCCGCGAUCCCUUUGUCGCUGACAUCGGGAUGACCCCGGCGCAGCGCGAACAGCGCAAGCAAAUCAAGCGCGCUCUGGGGCACACGACGUCCAGCGAUCACUUAGUGGUUCACGCCGCCUUGCAAGGCUAUAUCCUUGCCAGGCAAUCGCACUCGCGGCAGAGUGUUCACUCGUAUUGCCAGCAGCACUGGCUGGUCCACACCGCGUUGGACCACAUCCUCGGGGUAGUCAAGCAAGUGGGCAACGAAUUCGCCGCCCUUGGCUACGACCAUCCUCCGGCCGCGCUGUCGACGCCACGGCAGCAACCGAUGGCGCAAGCGGUCCUUGCCGCUGGACUUUAUCCCAACCUCAUGUACAAAAGUGGGAGCGGCGCUAACUUUACGACCAAGGACAAAUUCAAGGUCAAGCUGAGCUCGUCCACCGUGCUCAUGUAUCCCAAGGAAUCGAAACCCCACGACGACAACCUCGUGCAUUGGGUGUGCUUCCAUGACAUGAUGCAAUCGGAGCGGGUGCGUGUGGCUCAAGUGGCGACCAAAGUGUCUCCGUUUGCCAUGGCGUUGCUCGUGGGCCAUGACGCGGUCGUGGAUGCAAGUCCCACCGACGAUAACGUGCACCAGGUGAGCUCACAUGCAUCUGGGACGCAUCGGUGGCUGGAACCUUGCUAGGUACACGUCGUCAUCGACGGGUGGAUCGUCCUCGAGAUGGACCGACGGGUCGCCGAGAUGAUGCUGGCGCUGCGCGAGCGUUUUCAAAAUGCGUUUUUGCGCCAUUUGCACCACCACGAGCCUUGUUCCAGUGUCGUCGACCAUGAUGCCGAGCUCUUGACAAGGGUGACGACGUGGAUCGUCGCCGAGUCGGCCAGUGCAUAGACAGAGGAACGUCAUUCGACUACCGACCCCACUAGUUCAUGUCGAGUCAUCGCUGCCUACACAUAACUAGAAUGCAAAACAUCGCGCUCAAAACGCCUCGUGGG